GUCUCACAAUAACGGCGACCAUUGCCUGCGACGCCUAGCUCUUGACAUGAUAGUCCUAUGUUCGUUCUCGACCAUGGUAGAAGGGCAGGUUCGCAGAGGGCGUCACAGCUCAGCAGCCACGGUUUGGGCAUCGAUCAAAUUCAUGCUCCACCAGCUCGCCGAUAUGCUUUCAAGUCUCUUCCUUUUUUUGGAAUUGUCCGCGCGGACGAUACGUACACAUGGGCUCACGGACUAUUAAGACCAGUUGUAUCUAAGCGUAGCUCUCGAUGUGAAGGACGCCUUGUGUGUACCGUGUCGCACUGUUGGAAGCCAUCAGUACAGGACGCAAUCGGCCUUGAAACUCUUGGGACAUUCGGCUGCGUUAGCCGUUGCAAACAGGCAAGCCCGUUCAAAGCUUUUCGUCGCUUUGUGGCCGCCACAACAUGCGUGAAUCGACCGACUUUUAGGUGGCUGCAGCUGCUGCUGCAAGGGCGGAGGUUGCCGUGUUGGAACCCACAGUCUGGCGCGUGAUCACUAUUGAAGUUGAUGCUCUAUCCAGUGGCCGGAGUGGUACCUUGGGUAUGAUGAGGUGAAGCUGACUAAGAAGCAGGUAACCAGGAAUUCUUUUGAGAAUAGAACUAGGCAAUACGUG